AAGCCUCGUUUUGGCGAAAAUUCGCCAUCUUGUCGGGGACUGACGACAAGUGAAAAGAAUUUUGCCAUUAAAACAGUUCAAGAACUAGAAAUAUUGCUUAACAGUUGUCUUUAUAUAUUCUAACAGACAGAAACAUGCCUUUGGCACAAUUCGCAGACCCAUGGGGGCCCAUGGACGUUUCUAAUGAUCCGGAGGGUUCUCAAGAGGACAUGCUUGUUGAAGACCAGAAUGAGGAUGAUAUGGAUAAAGAGAUUGAGAUAGGAAGUGAGACUGUUGGUAAAGAUGGUGAAAGAGUGGACCCAUCAAAUUUUGAAUUGCUCAAAGUUCUUGGACAGGGAUCAUUUGGAAAGGUAUUCUUGGUUAGAAAAGUGACAGGGAAAGAUGCCGGUACAUUGUUUGCAAUGAAAGUUUUAAAGAAAGCAACACUUAAAGUGCGUGACCGACAGAGAACCAAAAUGGAGAGAGAUAUCUUGGCAGAUAUUAACCAUCCAUAUAUUGUCAAACUACAUUAUGCAUUUCAAACAGAGGGCAAGCUGUACUUGAUUCUAGAGUUUCUUAGAGGCGGAGAUUUGUUUACAAGACUUUCAAAGGAGCUUCAAAUUGAUGGAUAUAUGCCACAGGUGAUGUUCACAGAGGAGGAUGUCAAGUUUUACCUGGCUGAGCUGGCCCUGGCCUUGGAUCAUCUACACAGAGUGGGCAUUGUUUAUAGAGAUCUGAAACCAGAAAACAUACUUCUAGACUCUGAUGGACAUAUUAAACUGACAGAUUUUGGUCUAAGUAAGGAGUCAUUGUUUCAAGACAAGAAGACAUAUUCUUUCUGUGGUACCGUUGAGUACAUGGCACCUGAGGUUGUCAACAGAAAAGGGCACGGGACAGCAGCUGAUUGGUGGUCAUAUGGUGUUCUCAUGUUUGAGAUGUUGACAGGUGCAUUGCCAUUCCAGGGAGCAAACAGAAAGGAAACAAUGACACAGAUUCUAAAAGCCAAAUUAGGAAUGCCAGGCUUCCUCAGCCCUGAGGCACAGAGUUUGUUACGGGCAUUAUUCAAACGCAAUCCACAAAACAGAUUAGGAUCCAGUAAUAGUGGUAUAGAAGAACUUAAGCGACAUGCAUUUUUUUCAACAAUUGACUGGGAAAAGUUGAUGAGACGUGAGGUGAAUCCACCUUUCAAACCAGCUGUUGUACAGACAGAUGAUGCUUUCUACUUUGAUCCAGAAUUUACAUCCAAAACACCCAAAGAUUCCCCAGGUAUACCUCCCAGUGCUACAGCUCAUGAAUUAUUCCGUGGAUUUAGUUUUGUAGCGCCUGCCUUGCUAGAUGGCAAUCCACAGCCUCCCAACCCACUAGAUAAUCAACUCAGUACUGCUAAAGUCAGAAAUCUUCCUGGUGUAAAAGUGUCAUCAUUUACAGAUGAAUAUGAUAUAAAAGAGGAUAUUGGUAUAGGUUCAUACUCUGUGUGUAAGAGAUGUGUACAUAGGUUAACAGGAAACAGCUAUGCUGUCAAGAUAAUGGACAAAGAAAAAGUUGACCCAUCAGAAGAAGUUGAAAUUUUAUUGAGAUUUGGUCAUCACCCAAACAUAAUCACAUUACGAGAUGUAUUUGACAAUGGGAACAAGGUAUAUAUGGUAACUGAAUGGUUACAAGGAAAAGAACUCCUUGACAAGAUUUUAUUACAGAGGUUUUUCUCUGAACGUGAGGCGAGUGCUGUCUUACAGGUUGUCACAAAAACUGUCGAAUAUCUUCAUCAAAAUGGGGUUGUACAUCGUGAUCUCAAGCCUUCCAAUAUAUUGUAUGCAGAUACAAGUGGUGAUCCAGAAAGUUUGAGAAUCUGUGACUUUGGUUUUGCUAAACAACUUCGAGCAGACAACGGUCUGCUAAUGACUCCAUGUUAUACAGCUAACUUUGUAGCCCCUGAGGUGUUAAAACGUCAAGGAUAUGAUGCUGCCUGUGAUAUAUGGAGUCUGGGAGUUCUUUUAUACACUAUGUUGGCAGGGCAUACACCAUUUGCAAAUGGACCAAAUGACACUCCAAAUGAUAUAUUAGGGCGUAUUGGUGAAGGAAAGUUCAGUCUUAGUGGAGGAAACUGGGAUUCUGUGUCAGUGGCAGCUAAGGAUUUGGUGAGUAAAAUGUUACAUGUUGAUCCACACAAACGUUUGGCAGCAGGAGAUGUUUUAAAACACCCAUGGGUAGCCAUGAGAGAUAACCUGCCUCAUAUGAGACUUACCUUACAAGAUGCUAGUGCUGUGAAGGGUGCAAUGGCAGCUACAUUUAAAGCAUUGAAUACCCAACCAAAGGUGCCGUCACUAGAACCAGUAGGUGCCUCUUUCCUUGCUCAGAGACGUGGCAAAGCAAGACCAAAAAGUUCAACAGCUGUUUGAUAGCAGCAUAAAUAUCAUAUAGAGGCAACAGCUCUGUAUAUAGCAAAUAGCAUUUAGUACUAGUACUACAUUCAUUCAUUUAGACUAACAAGAAAAAGUUUUUUGUCAUGUGAUUUGAUCACAUGAUUGAUCACAUGACACAGUUGGAUCAUGUGACAAAGUCUCAAAAUAUUGUCUUUAUUUUUCUUAAAUGAAGAUAUGAAUUUUUUUUUUUUUUAAUGUUUGAAAAUUUGAGAAGUAUUUCAUUUCAAGAUGAGAAUUUUGAUGGAAAUACUAUUGGCAAAGUUUCAUUGUAAGUUUAAUCACUUUGGAAUGUUUAUAUUAAAUAAUAUCCUUGUACAGGAAUAAUGGAAAUCACUAACUAAAUGUGGUUUACCGAACAUGACAAUAUUGCUCAUGUUCUUAAUAUGUUUUUUGUGAAUUUUACGUGAAAAUUGUUUUUCAAGUUUUGCAUUAACUGUCUUGACAGGGGGGAGUGUUUCAGGGAUGUGUUAGAAUUCAGUUGUAAAGGACACAAACUAUUUGGAAAUGAGGAUACAUUGACAGGAGGACGCUGUAUAUUUAUAUAGCCUUAAGAUUAUAUAUUCUCUCCUCUACAAUUUGUUUUAUAUGAAUAUUUGUUUUGAUACUGCUUUUUUUAAAAACAUUCUUUGAAAGAUAUUUGGGAUUUUGAUAUUCACUUUCAGCUGUUAGUUAUAAUUGUUACAUAGUACUGUAUAUAAACUAAAAGAAAUAAAGAUUUCUUAUGAUUUCUCGGAUUAUGGCAUUUUGGAUUAUAAUCUCCUUAUCUCUGAAAUUUACAAUCUUGUUAUGAAAAUUCAUUGGGUUUUUUUUUUUAUUAAAGACAUCUCAAGCCCAAAAAAUGCAAAUAUUUUUAUUUCUCAGAAGCUUUAGCGUGAUAGCACUUUGUUAACUUCAGUUGCUUUAUUAACAGAUUAUUUCAAAUUUAACACUGCUUACAUGUUGAGCUUCUAUGAUAAAAGAAAUCAUAAUAAAAACCCAUCUUUGCCUUUACUUCAGAGGGAAAUCAUAUUAUUUUCUGAGGCUUUAAGUUAAGAGUGAUUUUUUUAUUAAUCUUUGUAUUUAAUUGGGAUGCAUACAGUAUUGAGAUAAGCUGAAUUUUUUUUAGGGUAGGGGGAUGGGGUUGCAUUUGGAAAUUUUGAGCACCCUAUUUGUUUUUUGGUUGUUUUUUUUUUCUCACAUGAUGAAUGUUAUUGCUUUAAUUGCCAAAUAGAUUCCUAUGAAUGUUGUGAGGCAUGAUAAAAAUGUUAUAUUACUGGUAGUUGUUUGUUUAUUGCUUUAUUUUGUAAUAUGUUGCAAUGUUCAGCAUUGAAAGUCAUUGUUCAAUUUGUGAUUUUUGCUUGUCGACAUUUUCAGAAUUUUGUACGAUUUUCAGUCAUUUUUUCUGUGAAAUUUAUAGAUUUAUGCUUUGUAAAUUGUUUUGUAAUUUGUUUUGUCAAUUUGUCUAGAUAAAUCUAGUUACAAUCUGAUAAAUUCAUAAUUGAAACCGUAAUCAGAAUGUAGAUGAUGGGUUACAUUUCUUUAUUUGAGGGAACAAAUACCAAGACAUAUCCUACAUUUUGAGUCUGAUAUUAAAAAAAAAAUUCUUUGGCAUUAAUAUAAAAGAUUUAUUUUCUUUUUAACUUAGUUGAUGUGAUAGUUAAUUGGUUUACACAUGACACAUGCAUGUUAUUAUUUGUGUGUGUCAUACACUUGUCUUUUAUAAGUAUUGUUUACCAGUCUUAGGAGGUUUAAUCAUUAUAUAUAAUAAUACAUGACUUAUUAACCUGAAGGAGACUUUCUUUUGUUAAAAAAUCAACAAUUAUAUGUGUAUUAGUUAAAACUUGUAUUCUUUGUUGAGAUGUUUUUGUUGAUGCUAUUUUUCUUCCUUUAUUUUUUUGUUGACAAGUUUAUCUCAUAUUAGUGCUAUAGCUUUACAUUUGUUUAUAACUACUGUUAGCAUAAUAUCAAAAUAUUCAUGUAUAUCUUAAACUAUGUCUUAUACAUACAUUACUGACAUAGUAUCUUGAUUAACAGAUAUCAUAAGUUUGUUGCACAAUGUAUUACUAAUAAUCUUGUUUUUAAAACAUAGACCAUAAGAAAACACAUUUUGCUAAAUACAUUAAAAUAUAGGAUUCAAAGUCUACAGUUUUUGCAAGUUAUUUUGUAGGAAGAACAAGUUCUGGUAGUGGUACAAUAAACACCUUAUAUGAAUGUUAAAUUAUUGUUUUUACUUAAAUUCCAGGAUUAAUUUUAAAAAUAUGUUGAAAUAUGUCAGUAAGAUAUACGUAUAUAUUUACAUAUAUAUUAUAUAGCAAUUGAUCCGUGUAAUUAAAGGGACAUUAUGCUCAUGUUUUCAUUGUCGAAGUGAAUGGAAUUGACAGUAUAUUCCAAAAGACUGAUUGAUAUAAUAGUGGUUGGCCAACAGUUGAUAUUAGAAAAUGUUUAUGGUGAAAUAUAAAUCUGCAUAAAAUACAAAAAGACUGCCCCACUCUUUUUAUAAAUGGAACAUUACAGGUAAAUUCAGAUGGAUAUUUACAAAUAUUUCCUUUCACAAUGUGAGUUAUUUAUUAUUUAUUUGAAGUAAAUUAUAAAUUUGAAGUAAAUUAUAAAAUUGAAAGGAAUUAUGGCUAAAUGUAAACUAAUUUUGACUUUUUCUGUUCACUCACUAUAUACCUUUGGAUGGGCAUAAUGUCACUUUAUGUUAGUUACACAUAUAGUACAUGCUGUUAUAUAGUACUGCAGCAUUAUAUACUACUGUAGCACAAUAUAGUACAUAGAUGACCACAAAAUGUGUGACUAAAUGACAUUUGAGACCAGAGCAUAAUAUAUAUAUAACAAUCAAAAUGGACUGCUUGAUAGAAUAUAUGGCCUGAACAUUACUUGAUAUGUUAAGGUUAAUUGUAAAUAAGCCUAUUGCCUUUGUGAUUAAUCUUGCUCAUUUUUGUUACUAAAAUAUGUAAUAUCUAAUGAUAAACCCAAUUGAAAAUGAAAAUCUCUCCCCUGAUUAUAGGUUUUACUAUAUGACAAUGAAUUAAAUUCAUAUACCAAAGAACAAGCAUACAAAAACAAAUGAGCUGGGAAAAAAUUGCUGCUCAGCCCACUUACUUUUGUUCUUUGUAUAUUGGUAUUACAUGUAUUAUGAGCAAUAAAGUAUGUUUAAAUUAAUUAAAUUUUGUGUAAGCCUUUAACCUGGUGUAACCUAAAGUAAUUGGUAUUUGCCAUAGAGCCAGGCCAGCCUAAAGUAUUGUGCUACAAUCUGACCAGGCUGUUGCUGUUGGUAGGCUAAUAUGAGCCCUGUCAUGACAAAACCAACAUAGUACGUUUGCGACCAGAAUGAAUCCAGACCAGCCUGCACAUCUGCGCAGUCUGAUCAGGUUCCAUGCUGUUCGCUAUCAGUUUCUCUACUUGUUAUACCGGUAGUAAGCAAGCGAACAGCAUGGACCCUGAUCAGACUGCGCAGAUGUGCAGGCUGGUCUGGAUCCAUGCUGGUCGAAAACCCAUUAUGUUGGUUUUGUUGUGAUGCGGCUCAUAUCUUUUCUCUUAUGAUAUUGAAAUCCCUUGAGACUUUAAAUUGAAUGUUCUAGUUUCUGAGCUAUGCGAAUCCAUUAUACAGAUUUCACAGUUUUAAGUGUUAAAACACGCAGAUAUACAAGACAGGAAACAUUAAAUGUUUGAAAAAGAGCAUUCUGAACAAAAAAUAAUUGAAGUAUGUGUCAUCAUAAUAGAAAAGAUAAGUGUUUUCAUUUUAUAUAUGCAUUGAGGUAUGUUUUGUUGUUUCAUAUUCAACUUAAAUUGUAAGUAAUAAUUUACUUCAGUACUAGUUAUGAUACAUAGGCAUAUUAGAUUUUUUGACAGAGCAGUAAAAAUUUUAUCUUCUAAGUUUAGCAUUUAAAGAAGUUUAUUGACAUGCACAAAUUAUGUUUGUAUAUUGUAGAUUUGUGAUUAAAAAUGAUCCUAAUUUAGCUACGAAAACAGUAGAUAGCCUCUAUCUGUUGCAUAUAUUACAUGUUCUGCCUGCUUUGACAGGUAAUAUUAUAUAACCAUUAACAUUAUAACUGUUACUAUAGUUUUAUAGAAUAGUACACUGACCAGUGUGCUACAUUUUUAUAUCAUGUAUAAGGUAAACUUUAUUAUAUAGGCCCUCCACUAAUUAUCUUGUAAAUAAAGAAAGCACAAUUUUGUAUCAAACAUUUAUACACAUAUCAGUUGCUUAUCUACAGGUUAAUGUAAUAGUCAGGAUAAAUAGGAUUCUUCAUUAGUAUGUUUAUCACAUCGUUCUUGAUGUUCCUACAUAAUACAUGUAUGGUAUUGUCUUGUAAAGAUGACUGUACUUAAGACCUAUCUGCCAAUAUAAUUCAGAAGGGAAAGUGUUAAAAUAUGUGAACCUCUGCAAGUAUAAAAAAAAUAAGAUACAAACCCAAGUUUCAAAGGCUUGUAAUUCUAUUAUGUAGUAGCAAAUACCACAAUUUGAUUAGUUCAAAGGAAUGAUAAUUAAUUGUAUAAAGAAAAAAAAUAUUGCUACUUUAAUCCCAAUUUAAUAACUACUCCUGUAGGAAAACAUCAAAAAUGUAUUAAAAAGUUUUGGGGAAACCUGUAACUUUGUAGGUUUUUUUUCCAAAUGUGAUUGAAAAAAAGGUCAUUGUAUCAUCUAAUGAGGAAUUCUAAAGAUCUUGCUUCAUGUUAAUGAAUAGUCAUGUAUCAUAAUAUUUUUCAAGGAUUGAAUGCAAUUUUGUCAUCUCAAUAAUAAACUUUUAGAGUAAGUUAUUAGUACCACAGUAUUACAUGCAAUCCUCGAGAUAAUAUUUGCAUCAUCCCUAAUAUAGUCAAUUCAUAUUCACACCCAUAUUCAAGAACCAUUGUCGCUGUUUGUUUUAAAUUUCACUAGCAAAACUAUGUAAAUACAGAACAUAAAUUUAUAUGAACUUAAUUAAAAUAAUCUUUGGUUUUUUGAAACAGCAUUCAGUUAAGUUAAGAUUUUAAUAGUGGUUUUUCAUAGCUGACUUCUACAUAGAGAGAUAUCUAUAUUAGAUACUUGAAGAAAACAAAACAGCAAAUAUAUUCACAUUGUGUUUGUCAAAAACAUUUGAGCCGUGUCACAACAAAACCAACAUAAUGGGUUUGCGACCAGCAUGGAUCCAGACCAGCCUGCACAUCCGCGCAGUCUGAUCAGGAUCCAUGCUGUUCGCUAUCAGUUUCUCUACUUGCUAUAGGGUUUGUAAGCGAACAGCAUGGAUCCUGAUCAGACUGCGCGGAUGCGCAGGCUGGUCUGGAUCCAUGCUGGUCGCAAACACAUUAUGUUGGUUUUGUCAUGACGCGGCUCAUUUUGUCUGUCCAAUGAAAAAACAACUUAAUUGAAAGUGGAUUUGGAAAACAAAUACAUGUAAAACUAUACUUGGCCAUUUUUUUUUUAAAAGAUUUUGGUUGCGUUUUGCAAGGACAAUAUUGUUCUUUUUCUGUGAUGGUAUGAACUAGUGCUCAUGUAUGUGAUGUAUUUUUGUCAAUUAUUCUGAUCUGUUUGUUUGACCUACCAUGAUUCCAUGAAUGUGUUUGGUGCAUUAUUACAUUAUACAGUUGACUUAUUACAUCAUACAAUUAUAUUACAUUUCAUAGUUUUGUUAUAACAUUUCAUAUUUGUGUUAUAACAUAAUACAUUUGUGUUAAUAUAUACAUAUAUAUAUAUACAUAUGUGUUAUUACAUAAUACAACUGUUUUUAUAACAUCAUUUAUGUGUUAUAACAAAAUAUUUGUGUUAUUACAUAAUACAUUUGUGAAAUUACAUAAUACAUUUGUGUUAUUACAAAAAACAUUUGUGUUAUAACAUCAUACAUUGAUGUUAUUGCAUAAUACAUUUGUUUUAUGACAUUUCACAGCUGUGUUAUAACAACAUACAUUUGUGUUAUUACAAAAUAUAUUACAUAAUACAUUUGUGUUAUGACUUUCACAGCUGUGUUAUAACAUAUUAGAUUUGUGUUAUUACAUAAUACAUUUGUGUUAUGGCAUUUCACAAUUGUGUUGUAACAUCGUACAUUUGUGUUAUUACAUAAUGCAUUUGUAUGUCUUUGUGUUUAGAAGCUUACUACAGUCAGGUCAGUGCUAUCACAGGUGUUUGUAACAAUAGAUAAAUAAUUUGUCUCACGUAUUAGAUAUUAAAAUAGUGUGGUAAGAAGAAAUUCUAGCUACAAAUAUGGUCAUUUUUUAAUGGUAUGAAAAAUACAGACCAAUCAACCUUACAAACUACUUUGAAAUAACAAUUUUCCUUAUGAUUCUUGUAAGAGAACUAGAGGACAGAGAAAUUUUGUUGCAGAAAUAUUCAUUAUUGCUGUUCUUUUGGUCUGUUAAAUGUUGACAAGAUUUCAUUAAAACAUUGAAUGUAUGUAGAGCUUGAUUCAUGUUGUGUGUUUAUCUAUAGAUAUACAGCAUGUUGGGAAUCUGAUGGUAAAGUGCCAGUUUUAAAAUACAUCAUAACAUGUAGUUUGCCAGUAUAUGAUGGUCAGACAUUACUUCACGACUUAUAUGAAAUAAAGUUUUUAUAGUUAUAUUGUUGCCAUUUCAGCAAACUAUUAUUUGUUUGUCAUUUCUUUGUGAACUUUAAGGACUUAUAGAUGAUAGUUAUUAUUGUUACAAACUGAUGUUAUGUAAUGAUAGAAGUUGUUUGUGUAUUUGAUGACACAAUUGUGUCUGAUAGUACCUCAUUCAUUAACGACUUACCUGCAUAUAUACGUGGUGUUCCUCAUGAAAGACCCACCUUUUCUUUUCUAAUCUGUCUGUAAAAUAUUGAAAAAAUAUUCAUGGAUUCAAUGUAGCACUAGUUUAUCAAAAGUAAUUAGCCUUUGCCACUAGUAUAUAACCAGAUUAUUUAUACAGUCUGAUGAUGCUUGUACAGUCUGACCUUGUUUUAUGCCGAUGGCUGUGUAACUUUGAAUUUUUAUCUUGCUAUCCCAAAAAUUGAUAUCUUAAGCAUACAUGUAGUUCCAAAAAUGGAAGUUGGACGGGUCCAUUUAAGAAAUACUGAAGGUUAAUGGUUAAUAAAAUGUGUAUAAAGAACGCUGUCAUUAGUUAUAAAGGGAGGUAUGUUAUUUACUAUUGGUACUCUUGUAUUUUUGCAUGUAUUUGUUUGCUCUGUCAAUAUUAUUCCUGGAACAGCAAAAUGAAAGCCAUACAGUUACAUGGGACUAUUGCUUAUCUGUAUGCUUAACAUUGUUUACUAAUGCCGAGGUCACAAAUAGAACCGCUGCGGCACGAUUUAACAAACUACAGCAUCAGCAGUUUUGAAGAUUUCACAAAUGCAGGGCGAUUUUAAAGUUAAAGAUGUCUGCCCGAUUAGCAAAAUUCUCAGCUGCUGUUGUCUGAUUGUCACAGAGCCCGGACACCGGCCAAUAAAACGAUUUCUUUGAAAAAUAGACGCUGCCCAGCAGCCGUUUGUCAUUAGUUACUCAGGUUGAAAACUAAUGUUCACAUAAAAAUGCCCAGCAUGUUUUACACAUUUGCCAAAGGUCCGAAAUUAUCAUUAUGCAAAAGUGUAAUUUCCAGUGACAUUUUCUAGGGCAGAAGUUUUUUUUUGUGGCAGCUUGAGAUGAGCAAAGGUAUUUUAAUGCUGACAAAUAUAUGUGUUGCUAGGAAGUCCAGCAACUUUAGUUUUCUUGUUAUUAUUGGAAAUUUGAUACAGUAUUUAUUCUCCAAUUUGUUAAACAAGCUACAUUGAUCAUGAAGUGUUAAAAACAUAAAAUUAAUGACUGUAUUAAGAUAUGGAAAGAACAUUGACGUGAUAAUCAAUAGUUAAUAUAACGUAUAAAGUUUUACUAAUGAAGUUGUUCAGGGUUGAUGCAGCAGCUAAUUAUUUAUAGGAUGUCAAGGUUGUUGCAGUAUUUGUAAUUUGGUUAAUAAUAAUUUCUGAGAGAAAAUCUCAUUCCAUCACUCCCUUAAACUAUUGCAGCAGAUUUUCAAUUUAUGUUAAUUUGUUAAAAUAUUUCACUAAUUGAUACAGAUCUCAAACAUUUAAAAGACAGUAUUUCAAAUAGUAUUUUUCUUAUAAAGUUAGCAUCAGAUGCUUUCAAGAACAUUUUUUUUUGCUUCAGCUAGAACAAACUGUUCAAUAUUAAUGUUAAAAAGGAAUUGUUUUAAAGCAAGACUUUUUGAUUUCAUUUAAUUCAUUGUUAAAAGGCAUAAAUGGAGAGAGAAAAAAAUUCUCUUCUAAUACUAGCUGACCAAGCAAUCAAUUUAAAGCCACUCCACUAUCUGCUGCUCAAUAUAAGUAGUUUGAUAUUGAAACCCUUCAAAUAUACAGUGGACUCUACCACAAUCAAGGCAGGAUAAGUUCAUUACAGAAAUUUAGCAUUGGCAGGUUCCUGGUCCAUACAAAUCAAGACACAUAAUAGAAAAAAAAAUUGUAUAAUUAUAAUACCUCUUCUGUCCUCAUGUUCUUCCAAAUAAUGUUGUAUUAACUCUUUAUCAUGGUCUGUAUUUUUUGUUACAAGCAUAUAUGAUAUGUUUCUGAACAUUUUCAGUGGAUUUUUUUCUAUAAUUCUUUCAUGAAAUCAAGAUGUUAUGUUCAUUACCAAUUAAGCUAAAAUUUUAAGUUUUUAGUCCCCUACCGGUUUACCGGAGGGGACUUUAGGUUUACCCUCCGUCUGUCUGUCCGUCCGUCUGUCCGUCCGUCAGUCCGUCCGUCCACAAAACUGGAUCCCGCGAUAACGCAAAAAGUACUGAAAAUAUUUUAAUGAAACUUGAUAUAUGGAUAGAUGGCAGUAUGGAGAUUAUGCACGUCUUUUUUUUUUCUUCCUAUGAUGAAAAUUCUGGUUGCUAUGGCAACAAAUAGACUGAAAAUAUGACAAAUUUUACACAUAAACAGGAUCCAGCGAUAACGCAAAAAGUACUGAAAAUAUUUUUAUGAAACUUGAUAUAUGGAUAGAUGGCAGUAUGGAGAUUAUGCACGUCUUUUUCUUUUCUUCCUAUGUUGAAAAUUCUGGUUGCUAUGGCAACAAAUAGACUGAAAAUAUGGCAAAUUUUACACAUAACCUGGAUCCAGUGAUAACACAAAAAGUACUGAAAAUAUGUUUAUGAAACUUGACAUAUGUGUAGAUGGCAGUAUGGAAAUUAUGCACAUCCUUUUCUUAUCUUCCUAUGUUGAAAAUUCUGGUUGCUAUGGCAACAAAUAGACUGAAUUUCAAGAUUUCUUAUUCUAGUUUUUAAGUUUUUUCACUAUAAGUUCUUUAUUUCUUAAGGUAUUUUCUUCAAACUUUAAAUAUAAGUUGCUUGUCAUCAUACAUAUCAUAUUUGGCAAGGUUUACAACUCUAGUACAAAAUUUAUCAGAAUUGACUCCCUUGAACUUAAAAUUUUCAUGAAAAAAACAUUGUUUUUUUUUAAUAACUUCUUUUUCUGAAUAUAUCUACUUCAAACUUUAUAUAAAUGUUUCUUAUUGUCACUCAACAUUUGCGAGUGUUCAAUACUCUAGCAAGACUAUUUCCAGAAUUAUGCCCCUUUUGAACUUAGACUUUUUUUUGAGAAAUUCUUCAAUCAUGAUAGGAUUUUAAAAAUGUUAUAUUUUGAUAACAGGGAUGUUUAAAAAGUAACUUUAGAGUGUCCUUCAGUCCGUCUGUCUGUACAUAAAAACUGUUUCCUGUGAUCACUUUUAAAGAACUUUUUCAACAAAUUUACUUAAAAUAGGAACCUAAGUGAAUGGCCCUUCAGAAUGUUGCUUGGGCUCUUACCGGUAGGGGACUUAUGGAUUGCUUGCAAUACUAUGAUAAUUGCUUGUUUAACAAGCUUUUUACCAAUCAGGAUGUAAAAUGAAGCUUUUAUAAAUCAUCAUGGAAAAUUAAGCUUUUUAUCAAUAAAAAGAUUGAAAAAUUAUGCUUUUCCCAAUCGAAUGGGAGCUUCUAUAAAUCAACAUGGAAAAUUAUGCUUGUACAAAUCUUGGUGAUAUUCAUCAAUCAAUACACAAAAUGAUAGAGGAUGAAAUUUACAAAGAAAAUUAAAAGUUUUGUUUUUCUUCGGUGUUGAUUGGAGGUUAUGUGUGAAGUGAUUCCAAUGUCAUAUAUAUGAAAUAUUGUAUUUUAUAGAUUGAUAUUUUUUUUUCAAACAUAAAUUUACUUUAGUAUAUAUGAUUAUAUAAGAGAAAUGAUGUGUAUGUUUUAUGUUUCAAGUGAUUCCACUGUUCUCUGUAUCAUUAAUUAGUCUUGUGUUGAAUUUCUUGGCUUAUUUCAUAGACAUUAUUAUCCUAUACACUGUAUGAUUACAUUGUUGUUAGAACUUUACUCUAUAGUUGCAAAUUGUGCUCACUGUAAGUGCUGUUUAUUUCCUAUUAAAACAAAUAAAUUAUAUAUACAGUUUUCUACAA